AAAAAGACAGCUAUCCACCCCAGGGGUGUGUCGGGAGGCCAGGGUGCCAGGACAUGGCAGCUGUGAUCACCCUCUCGGGGCGCUCUUGGGGGGUGAUCCUAUGCCCACCCCAGCGUUGAGGCCCCUCCCUCCAUCACGUCCAUCAGUCAUGUUGGUGAAGGGGAAGGACCCGGCCGUGGCUGCUCUCCUGACUUGGAGGCCAACUUGGAGCUGACAUCUGUGCUAUUCUCCGGCUUUCUGGCCCACUCAAGGAGCAGUAUGCUCAGGAGCACGGCCUGGACUUCCAGAGACUUCUGGACGCCAGCACCUACAAGGAGGCCUAUCGGAGGGACAUGAUCCGCUGGGGGGAGGAGAAGCGCCGGGCCGACCCGGGCUUCUUCUGCAGGAAGAUCGUAGAAGGCGUCUCCCAGCCCAUCUGGCUGGUGAGUGACACACGGAGGGUGUCUGACAUCCAGUGGUUUCGGGAGGCCUAUGGGGCUGUGAUGCAGACGGUCCGCGUGUUCGCCUCGGAGCAGAGCCGGCAGCAGCGGGGCUGGGUGUUCACGCCAGUUCACCCUCUGUGCGAAGUGGCAAGUGAAGAGUUCAGUCAGCUGGCCGUGGGCGGUGCGUCUGCACCACAGUGUUGGAGCCGGUGGGGAUGCCCUCCAGGGGUGGAUGAUGCUGAGUCAGAAUGCGACCUGGACGAUUUUGGGGACUUUGACUGGGUCAUCGAGAACCACGGAGAUGAGCAGCACCUGGAGGAGCAGCUGGCCCACCUGCUGAAAUUUGUCCACUCAAGACUUUAUUUGUCAGGCUCUCGAAGUGAGCUGGGCGUGCUGGGCUGGGCAUGGGGUUGGCUCUGCAGGAUGUGGGGGUCCCAACCCUGACCCAGGUGGGGGAGCAGACAGGGCCUGUCCAGAUUUCUUGGGGCGAGGGCGGGUGGUUGUCAGGCAAGUUAGGGAACCUUGAGGGAGCUGGCUGUCUGGGGAGAAGGCCCCCGACUUCCCUGCCUCCUCAGGAGGACACUUAGAGGGCACAGGAGGGAGAAUUCUGUGUGCUUGAAGCAGGAACAAGGCCAUUUCCACGGGAGCCAGGCCUGUUGGCUCUGGUGGCCCCACGUCCCUGUCUGGAUGUUCUCAGCCCCUUGUUCUGGGCAAGGACCCAGCGCUCCCUAGUGUGCUUACUAAUAAACCUCCUUGGAACACA